GGUUCAACACACACGGUUCGGCACGCGCUUCAACUUAAAUCUGAUAAAGCAUCUGUAAUAUCAUCUGUAAUAUGGCUUGCUAUAAAUGACAGUAGUAAAGUCGAGCUGAAAAGCUGUUUUCGGCAGCUUAAGCUCUUUCUGUUCUGUCUCUUUUCUGUGGGCUUGUUUUCAGUGGUCUUUUUUGUUGAAUCCAGGGUAACAGGAGGAUCUGAAGGCGGAGUUUGCAAACUUUAACGGAGGAAUGUUCUCUUUAUACCUCCUACCAAGAGGGAGGAACCGUUAGACCGCACCUGCAGCAGAUCUGUCCGCGUCUCGUCUGUUAAAUGAGCUUGUGUUUGUUAUGGUGUUGACAGACGCGUAUCGUUUGGUUCCUGUGAGGUUGUUUUGUGCUCUUGUAUGAUGUCAGAGAGCCCCUCUGUGUCCGGGACCCCCCAGCGCCUGAUGCCUCUGGCCCUCAGGGGAGACUGGACGGCACUGGAGCAGAAGCUCAAGACGCUGGAGAAGGGACACCCGGAGAUCUUCCACAUCGACGAGGAGUCUGGCUUGAGCCUCCUGAUGGUCGCGGUGCGAGAGAGCCGUCUGUCUAUCGUUGACAGGUUGCUGGAGCUGGGUGUCAAUCCAAGUGACAAAACGAAGGAUGGCAGAUCAGCGUUACACAUCGCUGCAGCUCAUUCCAAAGACGAGAUCGUCAAACUACUGGCCAAAAAAACUGAUCCCAAUUUACCAGCAGGGCCCAGUGAUCAGUUGCCCCUGCACUACGCAGUGUCUCGACCGACCGGAGGACUCGGAGUCGUGCAGACUCUGCUCAAGUUCAGCAGCAAAGAUGCUCGUCUUAUUCCAGACAAGGAUGGCUGUCUUCCACUGCUGCUGGCUGUCGAAGCUGGGAAUACUGUGAUUGUUCGGGAACUCCUUUCCGGCCAAUCCGAGCCGCAGCUCAGGGCCAUGAAGACAGCAAACGGCGACACUGCGCUUCACAUCUGCUGCAGACGGAAAGAUGUUGAGAUGGCCAAAGUCCUGGUGGAUUUUGGGGCAAAUCCGGAUUCUCAGAAUAAUGAAUGGCAGACUCCUCUGCACAUCGCUGCUCUGGAAGGAGACGAGAACAUGCUGAAGUUUUUAUUCCACUGCAAAGCCAGUCCCAACAUCUUAGACAAGAUGGACAGAUCUCCUCUCCACAUCGCCGCAGAGCGGGGACACACCAGUGCAGUCGAAAUCCUCACCGAGAAGUUCAAGUCCUGUGUGUUAGCAAGAACAAAGGACGGCAACACACUUUUGCACAUCGCGUCUCAAUGUGGUCACCCUGAAACCGCUCUCAUGCUACUGAGGAAAGGCGUCUCGCUGCACAUGCCCAACAAGUCAGGGGCGGUUUGUCUUCACGCCGCGGCUAAGAGAGGACACACGGCUGUAGUGAAGGCUCUGCUCCAGAAGGGGGCGCAUGUGGACUCCACGGCUAAAGAUGGACAGACGGCGCUUCACAUCGCGGUGGAGAGCUGCAAGCCGCAGGUGGUGCAGAUGCUGCUGGGAUUCGGGGCAAAUGUGCAGCUCAGAGGAGGAAAGGCGCAGGAGACCCCUCUGCACAUCGCAGCGAGAGUGAAGGAAGGUGAACGAGUGGCUGAGAUGCUUCUGAAGAGCGGAGCUGAUGUGAACGCAGAGCAGCAGAACGGAGAGACCGCUAUGCAUGUAGCCGCGCGUCACGGCGCUCUGCAGAUGAUACGAGCGCUGAUCCAGGAGGCUGGAGACAUGACCUGGAAGUCUAAGGUUGGUGAAAGCCCUCUCCACGUUGCGGUGCGUCACUGUCACGCUCGUGUGGUGGAGGAGGUUUUAAACUCUCUGAGCAAUGAGAGAAGCCGUCAGGAGGCGGAGCUCUGUGUGCGUGAAGGGAACCAGAAAGGCGAGACGCCGCUGCACCUGGCAGUCGAGCUCAGGAGCGACGCGGUGCACGAGCCGGACGAGGACACCUGCAUCAUCAAGAUCCUGAUGGAGCAUCACGCCGACGUCACCGCCGUCACCCGACAGAGCGGAGAGACGCCUCUUCAUUACAGCGCCAGGGUGGGAAACACCGCCGUCCUUCAGGAGAUGCUCAGGAACGUCCCCUCCAACCAGCUCCAGACCGCCAUCAACAAACACGCCAAGAACGGCUGGUCACCGCUGCUGUUGGCUGCAGAGCAGGGUCACACAGAGGUCGUGAAGAUCCUGCUACAGAACAACGCCAGACUGGACGUGUUUGAUGAGGAGGGGAAGGCUGCCAUUCAUCUGGCUGCAGAACAAGGUCAUGAAGAUAUCGUGGACCUCCUGCUGUCCCAUAAGGCCUUUGUGAACACCAAGACCAAACUGGGCCUGACGCCUCUUCACCUCAGCGCUCAGAGCGGCUCGGCGAGGCUCGUCAGGUUACUGGUGGAGACACAUCAGGCCAGUGUUGAUGCUCUCUCUCUGAGAAAGCAGACGCCUCUGCAUCUGGCAGCCAUCAGCGGACAGCUGGACGUUUGCAGCAGUCUGUUAAACCUGAACGCUGACAUCACUGCCACAGAUAUACGCGGUCAGACUCCUCUUCAUCUGGCGGCCGAGAGCGAUCACUCGGAGGUGGUGAAGCUGUUUCUGAGGCAGCGGCCUGAAUUAGCCGUGCUAGCUAACAUGGAGGGAGCGACCUGCACACACAUGGCUGCAGCUAAAGGCAGCGUGGCCGUCAUUAAAGAGCUGCUCCUGUUUAAUCAGGGACCGGUCACGCUCAACAACAAGGCUAACGGUUUGUGUCCGCUGCAUCUGGCUGCUGCUGGGGGUCACACUGAGGUGGUGAGAGUUCUUCUGGACGCUGGAGCAUCAGUGACGGAGGAGGACGCCGAGGGCAUGACGGCCGUACAUCUGGCUGCCAAGAAUGGACACACUCAUAUUCUGGAGGUGCUGAAAGGCAGCGUUUCACUGAAGAUCCAGAGCUCCAAGACGGGUUUAACGGCUCUGCACGUGGCAGCCUGUUUCGGACAGGUGGACUUUGUGAGAGAGAUCCUGACUAAAGUUCCAGCUACAAUACGCAGUGAAUUCCCCAACAACAACAGCAGCAGCGGCGGCAAAGAUGACGUGAAGAGACAACCGCCGUUAGCUGAGUCAGGCUACACUCCUCUGCACCUGGCGGCUCAGUCCGGUCAUGAGAACGUGGUUCGUCUGUUGCUGAAUUCUCCUGGUGUUCAGGCCGAUGCAGAAACAAACAUUCAGGGCUCCAGUCCUCUGCACCUGGCGGCUCAGAGCGGACACACGGCUGUGGUCGGGCUGCUGCUCAGCCGCUCUGGGUCUCUCCUGCACCUGACCGACAAGCGCGGAUGUACCUGUCUGCAUCUGGCCGCCGCACACGGACACGUGGCCAUGGUGAGAGUCCUGCUGGGACAGGGAGCAGAUAUCAACCACACGGACACGAGUGGCUGGACGGCGCUGCAUUACGCAGCUAAAGCUGGUUGUCUGGAGGCGGUGUCGUUCCUGGUGGAGAGCGGGGCGUCACCGUGUGUCGAAUGUCGAGUCGGAUGGACGCCGCUGCAGUACGCCGCUCAGGAGAACCACGAGGAAACCGUCAUCUUCCUGCUGAGACGAGAGAAGAACAUCCUCCGACUGCUGGAAGACAAGAAGUUUGUGUUCAAUCUGAUGGUGUGCGGCCGGAUGAAUGAUAAUGUGGCUCUGGAGGAGUUGGUUCUUCAUUCUCCGGCUCCUCUGGACACGUGUGUGCGUCUGUCUCGAGCUCUGACUCUGGCCGCGCUCCGAGAGAAGGAGCGCUCCGUCGACCUGCAGGCCGCCGCGUGUCACUGUGAGCUCAUGGCCUCUGACCUCCUGACCCUCGCCGCUUCUGCCGGGGGCCACGGUGCGGGCCCCAUCCUCAGGGCCGUGGACCACCGGGGCGCCAGCGUGCUGGACUGCCUGAUCGAGGGCCAGCGGAAGGGUGUGGUGUCCCAUCCGGCGGUGCAGACGUACCUGACAGACGUGUGGCAUGGAAGCCUGCAGUGGGAUUCAUGGAAGAUCCUGCUGCUGUUCUUCUGUCUGCUGCUCUUCCCUCCGCUGUGGGUGACGCUCUCACUGCCGCUCAGACACAGCUUUAACACCAUCCCAAUCGUGAAGUUCAUGAGUCACCUGGUGUCACACGUCUUCCUGCUGGCUCUGUUCAUCCUGACGAUCGUGUAUCCGCCCGUGAGUCCUCUCUCUGAGGGUCGUCUGGUGCCCGGCUGGUCUGAGUGUCUGCUGCUGAUCUGGCUCUGGGGGAUACUGGUAUCUGAGCUGACGUUUCCAGGUGAGCGUGCCGGAUUAGCGUGGAUUCGUCUUCUUCUCCUGGGCUUCUCCGCCGCGGCUCUGCUGUGCCACCUGCUGGCGGUCUUCACCCAAUGGUGGCCGCCGUUGCAUCUGCACUGUCUGUUCGCCCGAAACGUCCUGCUGGCCGUGGCGAUGAUGCUGGGGUUCAUCCAGCUGCUGGAGUUCCUCACCUUCCAUCAUUUAUUCGGCCCGUGGGCUAUAAUCAUCCGAGACCUGAUGAAGGAUCUGUGUCGGUUCGCUGUGAUCCUCAUAUUGUUCCACACUGCCUUCACGCUGAGUCUCACUGCUUUGUGUCAGCCGCUGUAUCCUCGAGAUUCAGACAACAGCACUGGUAAUGUGACGGUUCCGGAUCCUAUAAACAUGUCUGUGCUGCUCUUCUUCGCCUUGUUUGGUUUAUCCGAACCGGAUAAAAUUCCCGACUUGGAGCGCUCGCCUCCUGCCACAGCCGUUUUGGCUAAGAUGGUGUUUGGUGUGUAUCUGGUGGUGACGUGUAUUGUGUUGAUCAACCUGCUCAUUGCCAUGAUGAGCGAUACGUACCAGCGCAUCCAGGCUCAGUCUGACACGGAGUGGAAGUUCGGCCGCGCCGUUCUGAUCCGCGACAUGAGCCGCAAAUCUGGAGUUCCAUCUCCUUUCAACCUGUUCACCAACCUGUUCUCCUCCAUCAAGGUCCUCUGCAAACGUGCAGGGAAGAUCUGCUCUGUGAAGUGUCGUAAUGAGAUGAAUGAGAAUGAAGACACUGAAGGAUUGACAGGCUCUCGUUCUCUAGAGCUGCUGACUCAAGCAUCUGCCAGAGGAAACAAGAGGACGCAGAUCCUUCCCGAAGGUGGUCAGGUGGUGCUGUCCAUGUCUGGAGGACAGGUGCGUGUGGAGAACGUUGUGGAUUGGUCGUCUGUGGUCCAGCAGUUUUUAGCCCAGCGCAGACAGAGGGACAGAUCCCCGCCGGAGAGAGACGAAUGAAUGACCGAUGGUUUCACCAUGACAGAUGAAUUAGCACUGCCUAUGAACUUCAGUCCAUCCACCUGAGCCCACAUCACUUCAGCUUCCUGAUUAAUUAACACCGUUAGCUUUAGCGUGUGACAGCAUGUUCCUGUAUCUGGUAUUCGCUCCUCACUAAUCACUGUCAUCAAAGAUGUUAUUCACACGAGGGGUCAAAAGUUUGGGGUCAGUAAGAUUUUUUUGUGUUUUUGAAAGAAGUCAGCAUUUGUUUGUCAAAAAAAGAAACCAUUUCAAUUUAAAAAACUGUUUUCUAUGUAAAUAUGUUGUGAAAUGGAAUUUAUUGCUGUGAUCAAAUGUGUAUUUUCAGCAUCAUUCCUCCAGUCUUCAGUGUCACAUGAUCUUCUGAAAUCACUCUAAUUUGCUGAUGCACUGCUCAAGAAACAUUUCUGAUUAUUAUCAAUGUUGAAAAUUGUUGUGCUGCCCAAUAUUUCUGUGGAAACUGUGAUGCAUUAUUUUCAGGAUUCUUUGAUGAAUAGAAAGUUAAAGAGAAUAGCAUUUAACCCUCUGGUGCACCUUUUUUGGGAGUCACACUUGUGGUCUUCACAGUCAAAAGUGACGGGAUAGCCAAAAUUUUAAAAGCUUAACUUUUUAUUUUUUGUAGUAAGUUGGGAGUAAAGUAAGAAAAACAUCUUCAAUUCCAUUAUUUAGCCCUUAGUUUCCCAUGAAGCUCUAUAUUAAAGGGCUAUAAAUACUCUUAUUGUUUUUAGACAUAAAUACUUAUUUGUAUUAUUGUGGGUUUGGAUAUGUUGAUUUAAAGCGUCAGGUUUUGAAUUAUUACUACAGUCAAACCUGAACACAGAGAAAGCAUUUUGUUACACAAAACAUAAUUCAUUUUAAAUUCUACAAAUUCUAUUAAAAUGUAACAACAAAAAUGAACAGGAAUGUUUUAUCAGAGCUUUAGGCUUCUGGGUCUGAUCUGAUUUCAAUUUCUUGUUAUGGUUUUCUGACUCGUUAUGACUAUAUGGUUAUAGCCAUAUCAUUUCAUUUGAAUGCAUUCUGCAUUGUGGCAGAUUUGUAUCCGAUAAAUGUUUGUGUUUUUGUCAAUUUUCACAUUCAUUUCCUAUGGUUGGUCAUUUCUGACUGAAGACCACAAGUGUGAUGAUUUUUUUUUAUGACCACUUCGCCUGCUCCAGUCAAGCCCUAAAUUUUUGUGUGUUCACAUUCCAAAUGCCAAAAAAGUUUUGUGCCAUUCUGAGUUAAUUGAAACAGAAAUCUUUUGCAACAUUAUAAAUGUCUAGAGCUGUCACUUCUGAUCAGUCUAAUGCAUAUUUGCUGAAUAAAAGUAUUAACAAUCUUACAGACCCCAGACUGUGGAAGGUAGUGAACAUGCUUGUUAUUGUUGUAUUUCUACUUGAUAGAUAACUCUUACAAUCAUAAAUGUGUUUUAUGGGCUAAAGCUAGAAAGAUGACAUGCUGUAUAAGGAAGCCGACUGUAAUGCUUGCAUUUGUUUUUCAAGUCGUUCACUUGACACGAAGAAGUGACCAAAAGCGCUUCUCAAGUAGGAAGUUGAAAACCUUGGAGAAAACACUAAAGCACUGCCAGGAAUAUGUUGUAUUGUUAUGUUUUUGUUUUAUCGACAUGGAAGAAUAUCAUUAUUUGUUCCUUUUUGUUUUUAUACAAACUAAUGAAAUUAGCAUGUAAAAGAUGCAUGCUAAAUAUAGGUACAUAUAACGGUAUAAUACCUUUAUAGAAAUUAUAUGAAAGUGUUUUCAGGGCUCACAACAUGUUUUUGUUAAAGCUGCAUUUCAUGUCACGUCAGAACCACCAUAAUUCAUUUUCAAGAUCAUAAUUAUAACAUUAUGCUCAAAGCUGUUCAUUACUUCAAACUCAUAUUACCAAAAAAUACUAAAUACUUCAUUAUUGA